AUGUUACAAGUUCCUCAAAUGAGUCAAGAGGACGUUAAGACAUUUUUGCAAAACAACAAAACUGGAUUAGAUCUUGAAGACGGAGAUAUCGAUAAAAUAUAUAAUCAAAGGAUUAAGGGUGAUACUUUCCUUGAUUUGGCACGGGAUGAUCUUUUGAGUAUUCAAAUACCUCUUGGACCCGCAAAAAAAAUUGUUAAGCUGAUCAAAGAAAUUCAAGGAGGGAAGCGAACUUAUUCUCGCCUAAACCAUAGCAACCCGAUGCCACUGAUAACUGGCACCGGAAAAUCUCGAAACGCCAAUGAAUUUCACCAGACGGCAAUCUCUUAUUUAUCAGAGCCAGAAGAUACGGAACUGUUGACCAAGAUAAAAGAAGCUUGGGUAUUUCAUAAAAUGGAUCUUGAAGAAAUUAUCGAAACAUACGAGCCAGCAACUCCAGUGCUUAUGGUUAACAAAGAUGAUGGUUUAAAGGAAGAUUCUCAUUUUUAUCAAACUCUCUCAAAUAUUGCAGACUCUGCAUUUAAGGGCAUUUUCAUAAUACCCAUUUGUACUUCAACAAUAACUGGCCCUGUUGAGGGUUCAUUGAAAUACUCGCAUCGCAAACGCGUAUACCUACCCGUCGCUUCUCUGGAACCACCAAACCAUCGCCAAGACCAUGGGUUGGUUCCAGUCUUUAAAGACGAUGAGAUUACUAAAAUUCUUGUGGAAGACUGUGGAGGGCAUGGAAGAACUCUAGAAGCGCUUAAUGAUUGCUUGGCUGGUCGUAAUAUUGAAGAAUGUAAUCUGAAUACUUUGAACAGCGAACUGCAUUUUAAGCUUACUGAAAGAUAUCGUGAUGCUAUUUUUGGUUCCGUGGAAGACACCAGGCCUGUUGCACGAGCAAUGAUGGAUGAGGUUGAUAUUCCCAAUCAACACCA